AUGAUUUUUAUUACAGCUUGUAGGCGAAGUGUAAAUCUUUUAAGACAAGCAGUGUCUAUUCCUGGGAGUAUACCUGUUAAAGAACACCCGACUAACACUCCUUUGCCAAAAGCACCAAAGGGCAAAGGUGGAGGGCAAGAGAAAAAAGUCAUCCAUCCUUAUAGCAGAAAGGCUGCUCAGCUUACAAGGAAGGCCCACAAACAGGAGAAAAAAGAAAAGUUGAAAAAUGAGAAAGCUUUGCGUCUGAGUACUGUAGGAGAAAAAUUGCAGUGGUUUCAAAGUCACCUUGACCCUAGCAAAGCAGACUACACAAAGAAAGAAGCCUGUGAACUAAUUGAAAAUUACUUAAAUCGAUUCAGUGAUGAACUGGAGCAGAUUGAGUUGCAUAACAGCAUCAAAGGCAGACAAGGGAGACAGCAUGGUUCCCGGGAGAUGAUCAUCAAACAGACCAUGGAACGUGAAAGACAACUGUAUGAAGGAUAUGGGAUAGAAAUCCCUGACUUUGUGAACAGCAAGCAUCUUAAAAUUUUCAGAGAAUGGAAUGGUGAUCUGAAGAAACUGCCAAACAUUAAAAUGAAAAAGUUGUCUGCCAAAGAUGCCAUGUGCAAUAGGACUGACGAGGCAGAUGUGGAACCCAAAGAGGAACUAGAUGAAGCAACAGACCUUGGCUAAUGAUCACCCACUGAUUCUGGAGAUGAAACAUCUGAAGGAGAGACUGUCAGGACCUUUCUGUAAAUGUCACUAGAAGCAAGAAUAAAGCUAGGAUUUUACUUGAGAAGAUCUGUCUAGCUGAAUUAUUAGUUAAUUGUUAGGCAGCAUGUUGCCAGAUUCUGGUGCUUCUGGUGCUUACCUGAAACAAAAAGCAACAAGCAAAAAAUAAAACCCUAGGUUUUAAUCAUCCUACCAGCUCUUCAGCUUGGGAGCCCAUUCCUGGUUGUGAGUGGGCGAAAGAAUCCUCUGUCAUCUGUUUUGGCAGCUGUGGAAAAAAAGGCCCUAGGUAGUCCUUGGAUGAUAUAACACCAUGAGAGCCUGGGCUAUUUAACUUUAUGAAGCAGUAAAAUGAUGUUACACAGUGGACAACAGUUGCUGGCAACUUUAUCCAUCUUCAGUUGCACCAUGCUGGUUUGGAUGAUCGUUGUUUUCAGAUGUGUACAGUUUUGUUAAAGUUUAAUGAUGGUCUCAUGAUCAUUGACAAAAGAAAAUACAACCACAUUCUUUUUGUGUGUGUAA